CCUUGAUCAAUUUUGCACUUGCAAAUUCGUUAGCAGUCCUAAUCAGUCCUACCGUAAGGAGCGUCAGCUUAGCGGCAUCUGACUAAGUUUUAUAGCGCUUUACCGCUACCGGUAUACUCAUGGCAUGGAAAAUAUUUUGCUGUUGUAGCAGCAAGAUUAUCGCGUUGUCGACGAUCAUAGUCCUGGGCAUUUUGCCUUGCAACCUUUUAGCAGAUACACCCAUCAGACCAGCAGAUGGCGAUGUUAAGUUGCUUGGAAGCACAGACAAUGAAAGAGAAGGCGUCAUCCAGAUUUACAGCUGGCAGGCUGCAAAUUGGGUGUCCGUUUGUGACAACGGCUUUACUGUCACUGACGCUAAAGUAGUCUGUCGGCAACUUGGCUUCCCACCCGUGAGUUACUGGUCGGGGGACGACCUCACAAUCCGGCAGUAUUCAACGGACUCUCAGUACAAAUGGUGGAACCAGACAGCCAUGGGUCCCACGGGGUUGACGCUUAGCUGCAACGGAACUGAACAGAGUGUCGAACAGUGCCCCGGUUAUGCUUGGAAUACAGCGGACCAAGGCAAAUGCAAAGCGACCCAAGGCUCGGCCGGGCUGCCAGUCGGAAUAACAUGCCGCAGCAGACAGAAUGGCACGGCAAACGCCUUACACCACCCUGUCGUCGAGGGUGACAUCAAGCUCGUUAGCGGCACUCCCAGUCAAAGGGACGGCAUUAUACAAAUUUACAGCCAGCAAGCGGGCAACAAGUUUGUCUCCAUUUGCCAAUCAUUCUUCACCACCUCCGAUGCCAGGGUCGUUUGCCGGCAGCUCGGAUACCCACCUACCGGCUACUGGUCAGCUAAUGACCUUCUGGUAGUCCGCUACACCGACGAGACCGACCCUGCUUACAACCCCGACACCAACUUGUGGUGGAAUCAGACAUCCAUGGCCCCCAUGACCAUGAACCUGAACUGCGAGGGCACCGAAGCCAGCGUCACCCUCUGUCCCGGCUACGGUUGGACUCCAACAACACAGUGCCUCACAAGUUCCGGAACUCCAGGACUGGCUGUGGGCGUUAUCUGCAAAAGCCCGCAGACCGGCGCUGCCAAUGCCUACAACCACCCAGAUGCACCCCCACCUCCACCCCGCCCUCCUCCUCGUCCACCUUCUUCUCCUCCUCCCCCUCCCUCCGUUGCAUCCUCGGCGACGCCAAUCGCACUGCCGGCUGCCUGGACGAUGCAGCUUACAGCAGCAAUGGGGUUUGUCAUGGCUUGCUUGCUUGUCCUGCUGUAGUACAACUGUAGAUACCUAGAUGCGGUAGCGAGAUGGGUUGUGCAGGUGUGACGUGUGUUAUAUUAACUGGCCUGACGUGUGUUAAACUUAGCCCUUGAGCCGGUUGUGGUGUAGCCGCCUGGUUAAGCUGGCCAACACAUCAUGCUGAGCACGUCGUGCUGUCGCGUGCUGCGAGUACGCUUACAAGGCGCGUGCGACAUUGACGGCGAUGUUGCUGAUGUCCAGACAUAUAUUGCACGCAUUCCAGGGGAAGGUGUGGAUUUUGAUCGGGAACAUGAGCAACAUCGCCAAUCUAUGUCGCACUUCCAUCGCCAGCCUAGCUCAUGGUCACAACAUGUUGCAAACGUAUAAAGAAGUAGCCACGGACUAGAUAUUGCAUCGCUGGCAGCGCCAAAGCCCGUGGGCGGCUGGGAUGAGGUUGUACGACGCUUGAUCGCCCGACACCUGAUCAUUCCAGCGGCUAUCCAACAGGCUAGUUAACUUUAUUUCCUUAUCACUUGUAUUCCUUCUAUGUAGCGUAUCUAUGCACCAUAGGGCAAUCCCGCGCGCAGCGACGAUGGAGGAUGGAGUCGCUUAGCGCUUCGCCGACGGGCUUAAAAGCUUGAGCGGCAGCUGGGGCGAUAUGGUGGAUAUGCACUGGCUUCAUACCAGGCGUAUUCACCGCUUCGCGUGGUAUUGUCGGCGUUGCAUUGAAUGUGUGCAUGCAUCUUGCAAAUGCCAGCCAGCUUUCCACGUCGACGCCCUCUGAUUUAGUUUCCAAGCUACCGUGCCACAUACUUAAUUCGCCAGCGGAUGUGAUCCGUCUGUCUUACAGCAGAGUAGCGUGGCAGCCUACCUGAGCUUGCAUUUCGGCAGUGUUACAUACAUAUUUACUGCGCAUGUGCAAGGACUGCGGUUCAGCUGCAACUGAUUAGAAGGCCAGCUAUACGAGCAGCUCGUGUAUACAUGGUUAAAAACACUUGUGUGUCUGCAGCAGUAAUCGUACAUUGAUGUUCAUUAG